AUGUCACGAUCCGUUGGCGUUCACGUUUUUCCAACCCAAAUAUCAGAACGAAUACGUUCAAGUCCGAAACUGAUACAUUAUGAAAUUCCAACAGAGGAACAACAACUGCCAAAUCGUUCUUCAGUACCCCGUACCGUUAACAGACAAAGCUCUGAGGACAACAGUCAGCCAGCGGCGGAGGUGAAAGAAAAAAGUCGGUCUAAACCAAAACAGAAACAUGGAAAUCAAGAUGCUUUAGAAGAUGUAAAAGCACAGAGUUCGUCAAACGCAGUUUAUGUAUCGUCAGCCGCCAACAAUUCUCGGAACCAAAGCCGUGCGCAAAGGGAAGAUCAAACUUUGAAGAAUCGUACAGCUCAAAGAGAAAAAUCUGAUGACACCUCUCAACCUGUAACUUCCACACAGCAAACCAGCUCUAAAGCUGAUAAAUCUCCGACAUUAGAUGCAGAAAACAAUAAUGAAGGAAUCAGAUUGCUGGAAGAACUUGACGAUGCGUUGGAGCAGGAUGAUAAUCUAACUUUUGAACAGAUGCGACAGAAGGUCCAGGAAAUGAAUCUACCUUUUCGACAGUAUGCAUAUGAUAGAGAUGAAUAUCCAGAAUUAGAAGUUGAAGAAACCUCUAUACGUUCAUCAGAGCAAACGUCUGCACCAACAACUGAAGAAUUAUAUCGUGGUAAUUUUUUGCUUUACACAGUAAUAAAUGCUUUGAAAUUUUACCAGGAAAUGCUUCAAUUGAUGAAGCAAAAAUAUAGCAUCUAA